CCUCCCCCUGCCCCUGCCUGUCCCUGCCUCCCCCUGCCCCUGCCUCACCACUCACCUCCCCCACCAUGAUGGAGUUGGGGGUGUGUCCUAUCUGACAGAGGAGUGUCUUCUACAGGCCACGCCCACCUGCCUUGGGUGCUUCAUUGAGACCCGGGACCCCGCCCCUAUCCAUGACCCCAUCCCUAUCCAUGACCCCGCCCCUAUCCAUGACCCCGCUCCUAUCCAUGACCCCGGCCCCACGACUCCUGACCUUGACCGCGAGGCAGGGCUGGUAAGCCACCAGGACUUGGAGGCCACUUCCUGUCCUAUCUCUGACAUCCGCAGCAUCAAUAUCCCAUGUCUGAGCCAGGCUGGGGAGGUCAUAGAGGUCCUCGGGGAGCCGCUCCUGCCAGACCAGCUUCUCAGCUUCUCCAUGACCAAAACCUGCCACGCCACCGCCCUCACUACCGCCCUCGUUACCACUAACGACAAGACAGGAGACAACAGAGAGAAGACAGAAGCAGAGGAUCCCACGACCAAGAUUCUGUAUGAGGGCCUCCUAUUGGACAAGAUGAACAGAGAGGAGGACCUCCUAUUGGACAAGAUGAACAGAGAGGAGGGCCUCCUAUUGGACAAAGUGAAUGUGGAGGAAAUGCUGCUAUUGGACAAGGUCAACGGGGGGGGAGUGUUGCUAUUGGACAAAGUGAAUGGGGAGAAGGUGCUGCUAUUGGACAAGGUCCCCAGGGAGGAAGUGUUGCUAUUGGACAAGAUGAACAGAGAGGAGGUCCUCUUAUUGGACAAAGUGAACGGGGAGGAGGUGCUGCUAUUGGACAAGGUCCCCAGGGAGGAAGUGUUGCUAUUGGACAAGAUGAACAGAGAGGAGGUCCUCUUAUUGGACAAAGUGAAAGGGGAGGAGGUGCUGCUAUUGGACAAGGUCAGCAGGGGGGAAGUGUUGCUAUUGGACAAAGUGAACAGAGAGGAGGUCCUCUUAUUGGACAAAGUGAAAGGGGAGGAGGUUCUGUUAUCGGACAAGGUCAGCGGUGAGGAGGUCCUUCUGGCCAAUCCGGGUCAGGACUGGGGUUACUUCGAGUCGUUUAUCAGUGAGUCCAAGAUGGAGCUGCUGGACCUGUGCUCUAAGACCGACCUGUCAGUCAACCUGUUCUCCGAAGACGACGUUGACAACCUGUUUGACGACGACGACGAGGACUCAGCUCUGAGCAGCGAAAUGUGUUCUCUAAAGAUCCGCUACGAGUCCUUCCAGGACAACAUGAGAGAGAAGACCAACGUCCUGCAGGAGGACACACAGUUCAACUUCUUCCCCUCUGUCCUGGUCAACUGUGCCAAGAGGGAGGAAGGAGGAGGAGGGGGGAGGAGGAUAGGUGAGGAGGGUAAAGCUGAGGAGCUGAGCCUUGUGGUGGGGGAGGAGGGUGGGAAGGUGGGGGAUGUUAGUCCCCUAGUGGGGUCUCAGGGGUCCCAGGGUUCAUCCCUCUCCUCCCCCUCCUCUGUCAACUACUUGCUGGAGUUCAGAAAUUCAGUCGAGGAGGAUGCGGAGUACAGCGAUGAGUCCUCCUGCACCUCCUCGGACACCCUGCAGGAGGUGCAGCCGGGCCAGAGGAGGGGAGGAGGAGGUGCGCCCAGGGGUUCCAGGAGACCCUCUGACCCUCUGGACUACGGCCUGCGCUCCAAAAGGAAGGUCCACUACAGUGACGACUACCUGUACGACGUCGACUCCAUCGACAGCCACGACAAGACCGAGAGAAUCGCCACGGAGAAGAGAGAGAAGGUUCCGGCGGAACAGAGGGAGGAGGAUGUGGACUGGUGCCCCAAGAAGAGACGGAAAUUCUCCCGGAAGGAGCCGCCAGUCAUCACCAAGUACAUAAUCAUCAACCGCUUCAAAGGACAGAGACGCAUGUCUGUGAAUCUGGGCAGGCUGGACCCUGCCGGGGACGCUGCCGUGAGCCUGGACCCUGCCGGGGAGAACCACUACUCCUCUCUGUCUCCACUGAAAGACUUCUGGCAGGAGAGGAGGAGGGAGUGGGAGGAGCAGCUACGGCUGGCGUCCAGAGAUAAACAGCAUCUGAACAGGCGCCGCCACCGCCCCUUUAGUUCCAUGCACCCCAAACGGAAAUACAAGAUAGCCAACAGGCUGUGUGUCCAGAGGAUCCCCCAGACAGGGGAGGGAUCAGCAGCAGCUCAGGACUCCGGUUCUACCCCCUCUGUCUCUGAUCAGGCUGUUACUACAGAGGAGGGGGGAGGGGGAAGAGCAUCAUUAGAACCACAGGACAUCACACACACCGGAACAGCCAAGAGGAGCCGCACCCAGGAGAGAGAGGAGAGGGAUGGGAGGAGGACGGGAGGAGGGAAAACAGGGAGGAUAAGGAAAUUCAAGAGCCAAGCCAGGCUGAGCAGUAACAAGACCAUGAAAGAGGGAGGAGCAGGUGGAAGAGCGGAGGGGGGGAGCGUGAUGAAUGGAGCGGUGGAUGCCUGUACUGCUGCUGAUGCUGGGGUGUUAACCAACCAGGAGCCUGCUGGCAGCGUACGAGUGGCAGACAUCAGCUCUAACACACCCAGCCCCCCUUUCUCCUUCCUGGAUCCCACCAACCAGCAGACAUUCCCCUUCACCUCCUCCUCCUGUGCCUCUGUCCUCAUCUCUUCUGACCAAGCUGUACCUUCUGGGGAGAGGGAGGAAGAGGUGUCCGUGAUCCCAGGGGGGUACCUGCAGACCCUACUAGAUUACUCAGACUCCUCCAGGAGGGUAGGUAUCACCUACUACCCCCAGCAUCCCCCCACGCAGAACUAUCCCCCGGGUCUCUCUCUAGAGGAGAAACAGCACCCCAGGCAGAACUAUCCCCCAGGUCUCUCUCUAGAGGAGAAACAGCCCCCAGGCAGAACUAUCCCCCGGGCCUCUCUCUAGAGGAGAAACAGCAC